AUGAGCAUGGCGAGCACUCGGGAUGAAGCAUCUUCAAUCAUUAACUCAUUCGUGAGGGGUUGGCCGGAAGAAAUAGAAAAAUAUGAGAAACUCUCCAAAUGCGCCGAAGCAAUCUGCACAAAAAAGCUGGAGAUAAAUAAAAUUCGUCACACUAUUAAGAGUCGCCCGAAGGCGCAGAAGAAUCUUGAGGAUUCGAUUAGAAGAAGGCAAAAAAGAAGACCCGAACCGUACAAGAAUCGGGAUGAGAUAAAGCAUGAUAUGAUCGAUCUUGCUGGGGUCCGCAUCGCGCUUACAUUCCCGAAUGAUAAGGAUAAAGUGCGUAAGAUAAUUCAGGAAACCUUCGAUCCGUAUCUUAACCCAUGGGACGACAUCUCCUGUCCAGACUUGGAAAAAAGCGUCAUCGAUCGGAGCGGCAUUAAGAGAAAUCGUGAGAACGGAAACGAUGAAGAAUGGCCUCUGGGCCUGAAAUCACUCCACUUACGCUGCAAACUAAAGGAAGACGAUGAACAGUUCUCGGAAUAUAAAGGUCUCGCUGUCGAAAUCCAAGUUGGAACCGGCUUUAUGUAUGCUUGGGAAGAUGUCUAUCAUGAUAUCGUAUACAAGCCAUACUUCGGUCGGAUCACUCCGGAGGAAGAACGAUUUAUCGAAAUCCUAAACGGGCUGGCACACACCGGGGAGCUGGCACUCAAACAGCUAAGCGCAUCGCUCACUUUAAGAACGGAGCUAGAAAAUAAGCCAUUCAAGCAUCUUAACCAUUUUAAGGAAUGGUUGCCCCUCAGCGAAGAUGUCUUAGAUAAACGAGCCGCAAAAUGUGGGAUCAAGGGUAAUCGUAUCCUUGCAGCCUACUACAGCACCCAACAAGCAAGCUUCGCGGUUCCAGCUCAAUGCGGUGCUUUGUGUGCAUCAAAGAUUUUGUGCCAGAGCUACGCAGUCGAAAAUGGCAACUGCCGCCUCUAUCUGUUACCUGUUAUCAAGAUCAUAACGCAAUCCCUGCCCGGGAACAACGUUUUUUAUGACAGAGCCUGCGCGACUAGCACCGACAUGUGCGAGGUUAAUGGCUUUAGGUUAUUGACUCCGGCAUUCUCGACUUCUAACGGGAUUGCCGACAAUACCUUUAAGGGAUGCUCUGCACUUUGCAAGAAGACAUCGAGUUGCCAAAGUUACUCUAUCGAACUUGCAGCCGGUGGAAAAUGCCGUCUAUAUAAAAAGGCUUUGGUUAAAGACUUCAGCCCAGACCCGAAAAAUGUGAACAUUUAUUGGGAUAUCAACUGCCCACGAGCAGUUGGAAACUCGGGACCCUCUCUGGUAUUUUCAGGCUCGUCGGCUACUAGUGCCAUCCCUACGAUCAGUACUGUAGACGAAGCAGUGACAUUCACAUCAGGACCAGCCCCAGUCGCCUUAACAACUGAUAGUCCACCAUAUGUUCCAUCCGGACCUCUAGUAACGCCGGAUGAUGACGAUGAUUUCAUAGCAACGUACACGUACGAGCAGUUCGAGCUACCUACCGUGGUUGCCGAAGGAUCACCUCCGAUCACAACUGGUCUUGCCCAGCCAACUGCUUUACCGUCCGCGCCGUGCAUGGUAGAGCCUGGGUCCCAGGCACAGUUCACCGUUCUCAAUGAAAACUUCAUACCGAUAGUCAGCAGGACAUCUAGCUCGAUUGGCCCUCUGCUACAACCUACCAAGGCUCCUGCUGCUGACGACCCAAUGCUCAACCCGGAGACCUUCACCGUGCCUGGCUUCUACCUUCAAGCGGCAGCGGGCGUUUCAAAUGUUUACGAUAUGGUAUAUGCUGGGUCGGCUACACCUCAGUUUGUCGCCAUGACCAAUACUGGAGCCAUUGUUCUCGUGGGAGCAUCCACAGGAGCUAGUUUCAAGAACAACCGUGUCACGACCAUUUUCAACGUCGACUGUUACGGUCGCAUAUCUAUCACACAAGGCGGCUCCGGAUACACCUGGAGUACCGACGGAGCAUCGAGCAAAUUGACCAAGGCCGCGAAACCUGCAAACAAUAUGAAGGCCCUCCCUAAGAGCAUCCCUGCGGUGGACAGCGAACGCAAGAACCGUAGGCGCAACAAACAGCUAGCAGAAAGGCUCACGAAGCGCUCAUACUCUGACGGCCCUGCCCCCAAGUGUCCCUCUUCGCCUCCUAACUUAGUAGCUAGGACAAAGCAAGGCUACGAGUUGGGCCAAGGUAACUUCUGCGAGAGCCUUAGCGAGUAUUGGUCAAUCAGUCCCUUUGACUUCGACGGAUCAUGCGCUGUUCAAAGUCUCUGCUACGACCAAUGCGAGAACUACGGCUGGCAGAGCUGUACCGGCAUCUUUGGUACUAUGAUGAUCCUUUCAUGCUUGGAUGCCUUCGACAGCUGGUGGGAAGUCAUUCCUGCCAUUGCAUGUGCCGCGCAGGCAAGCUAUUUCACUGGUGUCGCUGCGACUAGCAAGGGUCGCGAUCUUUUCUACAAGUCGCAGGCUGCUAUGUGCCGCUGCUUCUGCUCCAGCCCUCCUGAUACGUGUAUCUACAACAAUGGAAACUUUUAUUGUGCCGAUACACACGGUAAUGAUGACGCCAACUGCGGAAACUGUGGAAGACAAUGUGGCCCGAACUCAAAGUGCCAUGGUGGAAAGUGCGGAUGCCCGCAGGACCAGUGCGGUAGCACAUGCUUAGACUUCAGGAAUAACCCUAACAACUGCGGUAAAUGCGGCAACGUCUGCAACCCGUCCUUCUGCCUCGACGGCCGAUGCUACGCACCCCAGCCGGGCGAGUGUACGCCCGAGCAGAGCGUCACGAAUGGCGACUUCACCAGCUGGUGGCCCAGCUUCACUAACUGGACGAUGGCGGCGUACCCCGGCUGCGCCUUAAACGACAAGAUCAAGUUCGAAGGCGUCAACUACUUGGCCAACGGGAAGAGCGACUCGGCCAUUUCAGUAGAGAUGUCGAGCCUGCCAAGCCAGGGCUGCGAGGCCGCCAUGGUCCAGAAGAAGGUCAAGAUGUGCCCCAGCAUCCAGUAUGACUUCACGUUUGCUAUGGGCUACGUCAACCAGGUCGGCGGUAGCCAAGUUGUCAGCAACGCCGACUGCACCGUGCGCUGGCUGACCGGCACCCCAGCCUCCUGGACCGGCACCGACGGCUUCCAGUCCUCGCCCACGUACAACAUCGGCGUCAGCAACCCUAACUAUAAGACAUUUGGUCCGUGGAGCCUGCACGUCUCGGAGAACGAGGUGGGUGUUACCAAGGUCAAGAAGGAUCUCUUCGUCGACUUGACGGCUGUUAUCCACUGCGCCGGCCCCGUUAACGGCGCGGGACGCUUCGUCAUCAGGGAUAUCAAGAUGAGCCCUGUAGGCCAGGUCAAGGCUAGGUCUCUAACAAUUGGCGAGGAGAAGGCUGAUUACGUCGUGCAGCGAGCCGCUGCUGCUACAAAUGUUACGGAGAAGCUAGCGCCUUAUUUCCCGGACCAGAAGAAGGGUGAGGUGCUUGUUGUUUCUUUCGAGAAGAACGCUACGGAGAAGAGGAGCCUGCUAGAGGGCUCGGCUUGA